CGUACAACUUCCGCAUACGUGGGGCAUAAUCACAGGCGCUUUCACUAAAUUACAAUUGCUCCUGAAUCUGUACUGAAAGUAUUUAAGGUUUCCCACCGUACGUCCCAGUAAUAUCUCGAUGGAGGAAACGUCAUAGAUGCAGUUGUUGCGCUAUUCUGAUGCACGUUGAAAUUUCGCGACCCGUCUUAUUUAGCUUUGCCGAGUUGGCCUGAAUUUGACGUUUCUUUGCUUGCUGCUAACAAAGAGACGCGUUUGUUAUGAAGACAUCACUAAGCAGAAAGAAUGCAUUAAGCCUUGUGGUUAUAAUGUGAAAUGUGUGCAAAGAGUGGAAAAAGAGACUACGAGGAGGGACUUUCUGGAACGAAAGAAGAGAACGAGCGGCAAGGGCAACUUCAGGACGCUGUUUUCCAAAAGCUUCAAGAUGUGUCUCACGGAGCAGACGUCAGUGAAGAAUGUCGUCAUCCUGAGCAGCCCGAGCCCACUCUCGUGAAUGAGGAAGAGGAGCCAGACCCCCACUACAUCAAAGAGGAAGAAGACGACAGUGAUAUUACCAACUUUCCUCUGACUGUCAUUGUCAAGAGCGAAGAUGAUGUCGAAGAAAGCGAGCGCUGUGGAGGAUCCCACAUAACCUCACACUUUCCUGAUGCCGACGAACACGCUAAAAGUGACACGGCAAGUCGAAUGGUCACCAAACGCUGGAAUUGUUCUCAGUGCGACAAAACUUUUAGCUUUGAGUCUCUCUUGAAAAAGCACAUGGUUAGCCACACGAGAACGAAAGCUUUCAGUUGCUCCGAUUGUGGGAAGAGAUUCACUCGUCAGGGACAUUUGAACACUCACAUCAGAACACACACUGGGGAAAAACCCUUUUGCUGCACAGUUUGUGGCCUUCGAUUAACGCAAAAGAGUAGCUUAACCAAUCACCUGAGAACGCACACUGAAGAGAAACCAUUUGUCUGCUCACUUUGUGGUAAAACAUUCUCCGUAAAGCGGUACUUGAUAGCACACGCCAGUACACACACUGGGGAGAAACCUUUUGCCUGCACAGUUUGCGGUAAAAGAUUCUCUGUCAAGAGACAUUUAAUAGAACACACGAAAACGCACACCGGCGAGAAACCUUUUGCCUGCAUACUGUGUGGUAAAAGAUUCACCCAGAAGGGGCAUCUCAGAAAGCACAAAAGAAUUCACACUGGUUGAGAAAGCAUUCCGUUGCAAAGGGUAGGGACGACAUUCAGAUUAGUUUUUGAGAAACAAGCAGGGAAUGAUGAAUUGUCAAGUGACUUUCCUGUGUUUAGCUGUAAAGUGUACAAUAUGUGCUCCUCAAUAAAUAAGUCUUCAGACUCUGCUAGUA